UAGGGAGCAGCUCCUCCCACCUGCACAUAAAAGCCAAAUGCAUGCUACCAGCAGCAGAUCAGAGCAGUUUCUCAGUUCUCCACUGUUUUGAGCCAGUGAUCUUCUCUCCUUGGAUCUUGUGUACUCAAGAAAAGAAAAUGCAGAUUGUCAGAAUCCUUCAAAUUUGAUACUCAGCACUAUUAUGAUCUCUCCAUUACUGGAUGUGGAGUCUGGAUAUCAGAAUUGAUAUCGUGAAGGUCUCCUCUAUUAAACUGAGGACGAACCUAAAAUUGACACAUUAACACUGGGCCUAACACAAUCAGGAAAUCUGUGUCUCUUAGUGUGAAAAGCAACCAACCUGUCCAUCUUCUGCCCUGUCCCAAAACCUCUAUGAAACAACUCUUUUGCAUCUGACAGCCUUGAAGAGAACCUGAAGAAAUGUGUCUGCUCAUCAAGACUGACUUGUGGUCUCUGUGUGGCUUUAUCUGAAGUCAGAGGUUCAGAGACACCUGUAAACAGUCACCUGAAGGGACUGGAAACUGUGGGAAACAAUGCAGUGCAUAAAAGAGCUUACUGCCACUUACUACCACACUUACAGUAAAUUCAUUUGGGAAAAGUGUAAGCCAGUACUUCCUUAGUUUUCUUGGGGCAGCAUGUUCUCCUAGGAGAUGGGAACAGUAUUUCACAAUUAUCAUUUUCUAACCCACUCCCCUCCAGCACUGUUGGAAGAAAGAAUAUCCUAUGAGAACAGUAAACAUUCAGCAUGUGCCUGUUUCACCAUUCUGAAUCAGAGCACCAGCCCCACAUUCAGAGAUAACAACUGUAGGAGGCUGUGUUUUAUCUGCAGUAAAAACACUGUCUUUUCUGCACACUAACACUUCAAGUCAUUUACAAUGUGCAUCCUUUGGCAGCACAGAGCUGAACAAGGUCAUAGAAACGUAUUUUAAAAUGUCGUAAUGCAAAUUGGGUUUUUCUUGAGAAGCAUAUAUGUUAAAAUGACAAUUACACUGUUGCAUUUCUUCACAAGACAAUUCAAUUUAGGAUUAUUACUUUCAGUCAGUGAGGCAUCAUCACCAAGAGUGAACAAGCCUGAACUAUGAGAAAGUUUAAAGCAUCUUACUAAUGAGGUUAAUAUAUUUGGAAGCCCUGGAUCCUCCCAUGCUUUUUUUGCACUGAUUUUCUGUGCUUGGACAAAGAUCAAACAUAAUUGUGUAGCCAGCACACAAAUAUACAUGAUCACUUUGGUGAAAUUAUAAAAAAGGCUAACUUGUCCAUUUGAUAUCAUUUGGCAAAAUAAUGAUGUAUUUAAAUGGGUUUAAGUACCAAAAACAUAUGUAUCCAUUUACAUUUAAACUUUUUUCCUCCCCAAUUUACAAAAUAAUGCUUUUGUUAGAGAAUAAAAUUCAACGAGCUUCACAUGUAACUGGUGAAAUUCUGUAACUCAAUUAUUUCUCCAUCACAAUGGGAUGAGAAGCUUCAGCACACAAAUAAUGUAGCAGACUUAUAGAGCUGAUUGCAGCACUAACACUAGUCUGCAGAACUCCCAAGCAGGCCAACGAGGAGUAGCCUUUUCCACAGGUAUGAAGUGGGUUUGCUGGUGGCAUCAGCUAAUCCAUGGUGAAGGAUAUGAGUAGAACAUUUCCAGCUCUCCUUCCAGCUAAAUCAAGAAAUCUUUCAAGUAUGAUAUGUUGAUUUCAUGAGUGUUUAAAGAAAGCUUCUGCAGGCAGUGGGAUCCACAUGCAUGUUUUCUUGGGAGUUCCUUGUAAAACACUAGUCAAGUCUGAAUAUAAGUAUGUAUUUUUAAUAUGACAGAUUUACAUUACAGGUUCUUUCCUAAUUCUCCUAGUGCCUGUAGGUCUGUACACCAAGAGAGACAUCCAAAAUCUGCUUUCAUUUAAUCAAAUGAGAUCUUUGUUGCCAGUUGAAAAAAAGGUCAGAUAUAUGAAAUAAUGUCUGUUCUCAUUACAUUUCCAGCCCAGUUUCCAGGAGGACUUUGGGAUAAUUUUGAAUAGAUGAAAAGAAUGACAAGAAAAACAUUUCCUUAAAAGAAAAUUAUUAAAGGCAAGCAACACUCCCACUUAUCUUCCAACUCUUCCAUCUUUGGAAAAUUUCUUUUUAGCUCAGAGGGGCUAGGCUAGUGAAGCUGUUCAUCUGGGACAUCCCAUUAAAUGUCAUAACUAGCAAGAUAAGUUGCAGUAAAAUGGACUCAGUAACCAUCACUGUUGUCCACUUCAGACUAGAUACAUGAACCACACUGAUAAUGUUUACAGCAGAAUACCAAUAUCAAUAAAUUAGGCACAUGCAAAACCUGGGACUCAGUGAUAUUGGUUUUUCUCCUUAAAUGGGAGUUACCUCCACUGCAGUCAAAAUGCUUCUAUAACUGAGUACAGAAUCUGGGCCAGUAGUGGAUACCUGUUUACUUAGUUGCACAAUAACUGGCCAGGGUUUGGGUAUAUUUAAGCUAACACAAACCAGAGUGCUUCUAAUUUUACUGCCUGAAAAUGGUAAUUUCAUAGAUCUAAACUGACAUUUUUUCCUUGCCAAAAUAUUUUACACUGGCACUUACUGUUGAAAAGACUAUUUUUUUUUCUACUGCCAAGAAUGGAGUAAAAGUCAACCAAAUUGUUCAGUUCUUAAUUGAGCAAAAUUCUCAUUGUAGUUUUUCUUGAUUAUGAAAAACGGGCUACAGUCUACUGCAUGGAUAACUGUCUGGGUAUGUACAAGUUGAGAUCAAUUUAAAAAUAUUUAACAACUAGCAAAUUUUAUGCAGGUUACAGUUCUCAUUGUAAUUAAUGGUGUUACCUACUUAUGCCAAACUGCUUGUCUGCACAAGUGACCAGUACUCCAACUCCUGAAUUUCACAAGCUUCUAAUGUUCUAAUGUUGCUAAUUGUUACAUGGAAGUAAUUAAUUUAAUUACUUCAGAAAAAUCUAUUCCAGAUCAUGUAGUGGCCCGAAUUACUGAACUCUAGGAAAUAUACUUUUUACUUUACAAAAUACAUAUUCACCAGUAUAACCAAUGCACAGGACCUGGUGGGACACAACUUUCUCGAAGUUACAGUCUCUAUGGCAUGUAUUUUUCCAUCAUGCUGUUCAGAUUUCUGCAUUUUAUCUGUGUCACAGAUCCUCCCAAGGAGAACUACUAGACCUUCAUAAUCAGAUCAGGAGGUUUCAUAAAGUAUUAAACUUCAGCAAUCAUUUUUUUGCCUGAGGCAGACAAGGGAAAACUAGCCAGGAAAUUCUUCAACAAUAUUGUGUUAAUUUGCAUUUACAAAUGGAAAAUAAGUAGGUUUUUCGUCUCUUCCAUAACAGUUAUCACUGGGCUAUGAAUGCCACAGCAGUGUUGUAUGGUCACAAAACACUGAUGACUGCAAGUGCAGGAAAACACAAAUCUGGAUAUCUUGUCAUGGCUUAGUCCUCCGAACACAAGUUCAUUUCAGGUGUCACAUUUAAUCAAGAUGAGGACUUCAUUCCAAACCAAAGACAUAAUAGCGUGUAAUCUUUAUUACAGUACCCAAAAAAGUAAAUAAUUUUCAAUAGACCACUGUAAGAGACUGAUUUGAGGAAUAAAUAUUAAGCACAAGAAAGGAUAAAACAAGAUAUAGCUAUUAGUCAUAGAGAGAAGACAGAGAAGUAAGAAGGAAUUCAAGAAAACAAGAAGCAGGAGUAGAAUUUAGCAACAGUUCUCAAAGGUGAUUUAUGAGAUUUGUACACAUAUUAGGAGAUAAUCCAGUCUAGAAGCUGAAUAGGCAAAACCCCCAAAACUGAAAAAAAAAACAAACAACAAAAACAAUUUGAGGGUUUUUUGCAAUUUCUUAGUGAUUUUAAUUACUGGUACUCCCUUUUAGGUUGAAAAGGAGUGUGAUAAUUUAUUUCUAUAGAUACUAUUCAAAAUGAAUCCAUUUAUAGGCAAUGACAUUGUCAUGUGGCAGCAGGUUGUACAUUCUGCCCUCUGUUUCUUAAAAGAAGAGAUGAAAACUCUUUGUAAGUUUGCCUUACUUCCCCUCUCUGCAUGUUACUUUCAAAAAUCUGUAUUGAGUACAGUAUCUGAUGAAAGAGCAAACAUGAAUGCCAUAAACUCCCAGAGAUUGUAAAAUCUUUUGGAUUUUUGUCCAGUACAAUCACUGCUGAUUUAUUAUUAAAGCUUAAGUCAGUGAUGAUGGAAGAAAGUGGAUUACCUCCCAAUUCCAAGCAGAGAGCUGUUAAAUCUCUGGUAUCUCAAUUAAUUCCUUCACACAUUCCCCUCCAUUCCAGACCAAGUUCUCCUCCAGGUGUUUCUUCCUUUGCCUGCCAUGAAGCUGCUGUGCUCAGUGUGAAACAAUUAUGUCAGCACAAGCUACUCAUAUAGAUGCAGAAAUACCAGCAAAGCUGACUUGGAGUUUUGAUUUAUUUAUUUGAAUUCUCACUGAUUGUUUCAUUUGUGUGCAUAUGCUCAGGUGUGUAUACUUGGGCUGUCCCAGCACUCUCCCAGCACCUUGCUCAGGGCUGCUGUUUUGGCUGCUUUUCAGCUACGAGUAGCUUGUCAUUUAGUGUUUCAGCAGCAAAGUGCUCCUGCUUUAAUCACAGCCCAAACUGCACCUCAUAUCCAAUGCUGGCACUUGUCCACAUGUCUCACAAAGCUGCAAACACACCUUUGGAAACAUUAGCCCUUGGGUGACUUUACUAAUACAAACUGUGAGUACAGUCCUCUAAGGAGCUCAUUCCUGCAGGAUCAAAUCAGCCUUACUAUUUAAUUUAUUGAAAAAUUUGUGACAAUUUUCAAGCAAUACUGUUCAAACCAAAGGAAAAAACCCUCUCACUCUGAUCCUGUGGGCUAUAAUUAUAUACUCCAGAAUAUCUCUUUCAUUAGCAUAGUUACCACAAAGAAGAUCAGAAGUUUUUCUGUUAAGAACACAUUAUUUCUGCUCACAUUUGAAAAUCUGAGUAUGUUUCUUGACUAAAUGCAAAAUUAACUUGGAAUUAAUGUUGGUUCCCCAUCUCAGAGUCAAACAAAAUGCACAAAUGAAAAUAAAUUUUAAGCACUGCUGAUAGCCAUCCCGCCAUAUGAAACAUAACUCCAUUUUGCUUGCUAAAAAAAUACCAGCCUAGUGGAUUUAUUUUUGAAUUUGAUUGAGCCAUGGCCUGUAAGUAGCCAUAAACCUUUGGUUCUGAUGUUCAGCAGUGAGAAUCUGGUGGACAAAGUUUAGAGGGAAGGAUAUGGAAUAAUUUAAGUGCAUUGCUUUUUCUAAUGCCAUAUUUUGUGGAAUUAGUCACUGUUGAUCUAACUGCAUCAUUCUAGGAAUAUCUAGCACGUGCCUUAACUACACCUUUGCACAGAUACAAGAAUAAUUUUUACAAAUGUUUAUCUGCUUUUAAAAAGUCUAGAUUUUUAAACAAAAAAAAAGGAGGGUGGGGCAGGUAAUGAAGGCCUUAGCUGAUUGACAGUACAGGAUAUAGAACCUUUCAGAUCCUAAUCCAUGAGGGGGAUGUUUGCAUCUGGCUCCACAAUGCCUGAAUUAGAUGCCGGUACUCCAGGCAUGUGUGUAAGUGGAGUUAAGUGCCUUGGAGGGGUAUUCACAAAAGCCACUGUUUGGGGAGUUGCCUAAGCCAGCCAAAUAGGGAAGGCUGAAGAUUGCAGUUCAUCCUAAGUCCUAGCUCUGUCCUGGGUUUAAGUACCUUCUGGUGAAUGAAGUACACAGGCACAAGUCCCUCCACUCUCGGCUCAUAGCUCACAAUCCUCUUUUGAAAGCAGGUGCCACAUUUUUCUUUAAAAUUCCAAGCAACCAUCAGCAGCUCAAGCACAGUCUUACUUGGACUGAGGAACAUUGGUCUAAUUCUUCCUUUAGCAAAAGGCGCUUCUGAGGUUUGCAUUCCCUCCCUCCUGGGCAUGCCUGAGCCAGGAGGCUACAGGCAUCAGCUCCCAAGAGGUGGGUAAGAGCUGGCACAGGUCACAGCAGACCCAAGAAACCAUGGGGAGGAGGGAAAUCAAUGAGAGACUUCAUCUGAAAACCUGGGAAGUGUCCACAGGUAAAGGGAGCCUCAGGUCCACAGCCAGCACCAAGAAAGGCUUGUGCACUGGGACCAAGAUGCCUUUGAGGAGGAUUUCAGUGGUCUAACAGCUCAGGCAUCAUCUUCUCAGGCCCUGAUCAGGGGCUUGGAUUUCAGUUGUGGAUUGCAGUGGUUUAAUUUCCCCCACCAAUCCUACAUUCUCCUGUGCUUCCAGCCCUAGCUCUACCUUGUAGUGCUGCAGGAAGCUGAAGAGAGGCAGGUGUUCACCCUCGAUCCAGUUGAGCAGCUUGGUAGCUGCAUGUUUGUCAGUCUAUCCCUUCAUACUGGCUGCAGCAUGGAUGAAACGCAAAUGCUGGCUCCCAGUGCGGGUAUUUUAUAACUAUUAGUCCCCAGAGCUGAGCACCGACCAGCUUUCCAGUCUGUGCAUUUGCUAGUCUCAGUCAUCAUGGGUCCAAAUGGCUGCACUGAACAUUUCAGAUUGUUUUCCUUGAUUAGAGUUGAGAGACUGAAGUGAGUGACUGAUAGUAUUUGCUCCUCAAGGCUUGACUUUGCUUUCCUUUGGCCUCAGUCAAAGGAAGGUGACAGAUGUGGUAAUAUCAAGUCCUUAAACCAUAGGACAUUGGAUUGCAUAUAGGAAAUUAAUUCCACCUCAUGACAUUUUUGGAGUUCAAAUGACUGUAUCUUUCAUAACUUUCAUAGAAUAAGUGCAUGUGAGUGGAAUGGGGAGGGUCUUUCCUCUGUGUGUGUGCGUGUGCACGUGUGUGUGUGUGUGCUUCAGAGGUUUUUUUUUUCCUUUGCUGUGCUUUUGAGAGGCGUGGCAAACUCUUGCUGUAAGUAUUCACUGAGUCAAACCUACAGAGAGCAUUUCACAGCUCAGGUUGAAAAUUUUUUUGGUUGCGUCCUGCUACCCUGAUUUCUGCACUUGCAGAGUGGGAAGUGGGUGGUACCUGUGUAGGCCUGUAAAUGUAACACUUGCUAACAAAUAACAGUGAGUUCAAGGUUUGUCUCUCUGCCCCUCCACUGAUGUGUGCUUUUGUGCUGAAGCAGAUUUGAGUAAGAUGCAUUUCUUACCUGCUACAACAAGAGGAAAAGACAGAAGGUCUUUAGGAACACAUCUGUUCCUGCAUGACAUAGGGAUGUGUGUGUGCAGUUCAGCCAUGAUGGUAGCGUAGAAGAGCUUUCAGUGAUUUUCAGCAGUGUUUUUUACGCAAAUGCCAGAUGAUGAAGGGACCUACACUGGGAGAUCCACUGCCUACCAUCUAGCAACUUCCACCUUCAUGUCAGCCCAGAGCACAGAGGGUCUUUGACGAAAAUUACAAGCCCAGUUUUGAAACCAUUUUAACCAAGUGAGUGUUUAGUUGUAGUUAUUGUCAUCUUAGUCUUUAGCAAGAAAAGUAGCAUAAAAGUAAAAUAAUUUAUCCAUUUAGGAAAUAUGUUUGUGAGCUAAGACCUACUUGAAUUUUGUGAAUGGAGUGUCAAGUCAUGAUUAGCACAUCCUAACAAAUAUGAUGAUACCUGCCAUAUUUGACAACAAAAUAGGAAAAUAAUUACUGCUAAAUAAUUUUAAAGCAUGCUCCUGAUUUCUCUCUGGGUGGAGUAGUUAGUUUGUUUAAUCUUCUAAGGCAAGACAAUUUCUUCCACUGUUUGAGCAAAGGUAGGAAAAGUAUGCAAAGGGCAGGAAUUUUUUAAAUGGCGAAUAACCUUCCAAGAAAAAAUUGUCUGAGAGGAAGUUUUCUCAAGAAAAAUAUUUUACAGACAUUUGUUACUGUUUUCAUAUCUCCCUUGGAAUGGGACUUCGGGUUUCUGGGAAGUGGCAGAGUUAGAGCACAGCAAAUAAAAAUAAGGGAGUGAGGAGCUGCUCUUUUUCUCGACAAGCUGCUCAUCAAAGCAUGGUGAACGGAAAUAUUGUAAAAUGGUAACAAUUUGUCUCCAAAAUAAAGUCUCCAAAGCCUCUUGCUUUUAUUUAAAACAAAAAGUCAUGAAACAGCAUGAGGGAAAGAGCCAAGAAAACACAUUUUGUAUGCCAUCAAUGUGAGAAAAGGAACAGAAAUGCUGUGCCAGUUUCAGACAGAGGCAAUCAAGUAAAUUUUCUGGCAAGAAGGCAAUGCAUAAGGCCACAGGAUUGCAACAGGAGUCACAGAGAACAAGAAAUUAUUUCAAAUUAGGAUCAGACCAAGUACUUCAGGAGACCCACACAGAUUGCAAAGGAUGGAGUAUGAUCACUGCAAAGCGGCACAGGAAAUAAAAUUUCUUUAUAACCACAAGACUGCAACCAAAAAAUCUGCACACACAGACUUUCUUAAUGAGAUUUCUUGAUCUUGAUUCCUUGAUAGGGGUUAAGGGCUCCCUGUAGUGGAUGACUGUAAAGCAUUUAAAUUUAAUCAGUGCUAAAAAGAGCUAGAACAUUCUACACCUCAGAGAGGGUCCUGCUUCAUCCUGAUAAUAAACAGGCUAAAACUUAGCCCUUUCCAAAGAGCCAUCCCUCCUGCCUGCCCCAGGCACCCUAGAGCUGCCAGGAGCCCUCACCUCCCAAACUGUCUCACAGCAGACCACUGGCCAGACCAGGUGUUAGCAGAGACAGACACCUGUCUUUCCAAAGCUGUGGCUGUGUUCUGUCCACCCACGACAGAGCAGCCUUUCCAUCCCCAAAAUGAAGACAUGGUGACAUUGCCCAUGGCAUGGCAGGAUGUCACACCACACAUGGUGUUGAGUGGCUCACAGGUCAUGCAGGGCAGGUCAGACCUCAAGUGGCACCAGCGACUGAAACAGUACUUGCUGCAGCCUUGGGAUCAAGAGAAACCCAAGAGCAGCUUCUGGCCACUUUUCCCUUGUGUCCUUAGGUUUGGCACCAAGUGUACCUCAGGCUGAGAAGUCCAGCCUACACGAAUAUUACAACUGCAGACAGCUGUACUGCUUUACAUAGCACUUAAAUAAGAAGACAGAUUAUCUUCCCUGCAACACUUGCAACAAUCAGUCCCUGUCAUUAUCAAGAACACUUCUAUAAUCAGGAUUUUUCUUUCCACUGCCAUCUUUUGAGAAGUGCUUAGGAAAAAGACAUACUUCAGCACUUCUUUGUGUCUUGCAUGUGUCAAUUAAGAGAAUUUCUGCAUGCACAUCUUAAGUUUUCUUAAAGGUGUUGAGAUCUACUAAUUCAUAGAAUGCUCCUUCUCCAAUCAAUCCUUCAGACACAAGACAUAAAAUCCUAAACCAUGCCAUAUGAGAAUAAAAAGAUUUAAGACUCAGUGCACCUUCACAAAGCUGACAAAAUAUUUUUUUACUUUUAGUACAGUAAUUCAAUUAACUGAAUGAGGAACUAAGAGUUCUCUAACCAGUAAAACUGGUAGAUAUCCUUCAGAAUAGCAUUCUGGGACUUAUGCAUAUUUGGCCAAAGAUUCAGGAUAUACCUGAGUUUGUUAAUUGUCGCAGAAAGAGACAGUCUUCUUCCCUCACUUCUGUCUACUCCCACACAUCAGAUGAGAUAGAACAUUCCACUGACUAACAAGUUUAACAAUGAACUGUGUGGAUUAUUCACUUGUCAUUUAGAGCCAAUUGCUAGCCUCUGUUCUCAAAGCUGUAGCUGGCUACCCCAAGAGGUAGUGAAAUGGAAACUCUUUACACAUCUACCAGUGAGUAUAAUUCUAGCACUGCUAGAGGCACCACUUUGGAUUAAAACAGUAAAAUGCUGUGAUGCACUUUGCAAACUAUUAUACCAUAAUAACACACAAACAAUUGUAUAAUGAAAAUUUGGGAGACUUCUACUGCAGGGAGCCAGCACAACCUAUCCCAGGGCAGAGCAAGGCCAAGAAUGACGAGUGACAGCUGAGAAGGGAGGUUUCCAAAGCAAGCCUGCAGUUCCCUAUUCACACUGUGAGGAAACCAGCAAUCACCAUAGUUCAUUAUCAGCACCUCAAGGUUCAGCCUACUAAUCACACACUUCAGUCUGAAGUGCAUCACCAGUUUUGUGUCUUUGCAUUAUUAUGGGGUCAGUGGACUGGCAGUAGAUGUGAAGUGUUCUCACCGAAACAAAACCCAAAUCAACAACACCCUAGGGAAACAGCUGGUUGACUAUACAAGCACUUCCAUGAAAACCAGCCUCCUUUCCAGUGUGUUGUGCAUGGCAAACCCAUUCCAUCUGAUAAGGAGAACUCCUUGGACGAUGUCAGUGGCUGUGGCAUGUGGGAAGCUCCUUCUGUAGCGCUCAGUAGCACCAGCCCAGCAGAGAAGGAGCCUUCAGCACAGUUCCCACAUUGAACAAACAGCUGUGCUCAGACACAUCAGUGGCCAGGCCGAGGCUCUGUGCCAGCAGCGCAAUUCCGCGGCUCUGAACUUUGAUCACUUUGUGUGUUCCACGUCACUGGGUCCAGCUUUGUGUGCCGAUUGCUGCCAAUUGCUGAAGGGGGAUUGAGUGGCAGUCAUUUAAGUGUCUCCAUCAAUCAGCCUGCCACCAAGACUGCAGGCAAACUGCCCAGAAGAGAGCAUUAGGCAGAGGAUUCGAGUGUAUGCUGUAUAGCAGAGAACAGGAAAAUAUAUUCAAAGGCAGGUAUUUGCUAAAGCCUACCUAUAAUUAAUUCUAAUCCCAUCAUUAAAUUUGCGUGCUUUUCUGCAAACAUUCCCCCACGUUGGACUUCCACCUCAGGCCAAUUCAUGCAAAAGAGUACAUGCCACGAGGAAAGAGGGGACUGUGGUCACCCGACCCGUGGUGCCCAACUUACUGAUCCUUGUCACGGCUCCCUGCCAUCUGACUUAAAGUAGCUUUCAGGCAUUUUCCAGCAAACCGCAUCUGGGCCAGACCCUCAAAAACACACAAGAGACGAACCUGCCUGGAAAUCAAUUACCAGCACCGAGCAUCUUGAUGUCAUCAUAAAUUGUGAGCUUCUUGUUUGUGCUGAGCAAGCAGAGAUCUGUGCAUGGGAGUUGGGGUUGUGGGGAUGUGAAACUUACCAUGCCCAGGUUUGCAGAGAUGAGGAGAUGCCUCCCUGAGGCAUAGGUAGGCUCACAGCACACUGGGCAUGAGGAGGAGGCUAGAGGCAACAUAAUUAUGUCUGCAUUGGGCUAAAAAUCUCCUUCUCAUUUUAGCUGCUUCCACUGGGAGGGUGUUUUCACACAUAGGCACACAUAAAUACCUGCACACAAGCAACAGAUAGAGGCCCACAUGCAGAUAUACUCUGUUUGGAAAUAAGAAACUGAGGAAGCCCAAGGGUGCCAUUUUCAUACAGAAGGCUGGGUGAUCAUCCAGAGUGAGCACACACAUGAAUGUGUUUGCAGACAAACUGGAGCAGAGGCAAGUGCUUUGUUUUUGGAAAUGCAUUUAUAAAUGGAUAAACAGAGACCUCCCCAGGCAUUGCAAGAAAAGGUCAUAUAAUCAGCCGUGAAGCCAGAGAGCGUAUGGGUGACCAUUGUUUUUUAAGAUGAAGCCAUUUAUUUAGAUGUUAUCACACUUCUCCAAGAAAGAAGCUCUAGGCACCAUUCUGAUUUUAAAAAAAACUAGAAACAAGCAUCUACCAUGUGUUGAAUAUUCCCCAUUAGCAGCAGGUUUAUGCAUGCAUGUAUUUUAAAAUGUUUAUUAUGACAAUACUUGUUAUGACUGCCUUAGCUUUAGUAAAUACCACAUGAUAAUCAGACACAGUUGUUAGACCUUGAGCAAAAUAUGAUUUAAUUUCUUUUUAACAUACUGAACAAUAGCUAUUUCUUGGUAAUCUAAACUGAACACAGACACUUGAAACUACUUUGUUUCCUUUGAGGGGACAGUGAAAAGGAGGAAGGGAAAAAAAUAAACCUGAUCUCUGUGGGAGUUUCUCAAGAAGCAAAAAGGCAGGAUUACAUUUACCAUAAAUCCUACUUUCCUCCCUACUGAAUGCAUGAGCCCUUAUAGACCUUAUAGCAAGGUAAAUUCUUCACCUACUGAAGAAACAGGUAUUGCCUUCAGUGGAGUUUUAGGCACUGUUACAAGCAAUAUGGUGCAGGACCCCAAACCUCUUGGGGCAUAGAUCAACCAUCUCAUGCCAGUAGCAUGGCUGGGUCCUCACCCAUGGGCUGUGCUCCCCUUUACUGUCCUCCUGCUCUUCACUGAUGAAAAAAAAAGAUGAAACCACUGCAGCUAGUGUUAAUUUGGGUUACAAAACAGGUUAGCUUUCAGAGGAAAUCCAUCUCAAGGUAUAUUUGGCUGCCCUCACUCCCUGCUUUUAUGUGGAAUAUGAUUGAAUUUGCAAAAAAAGAAACCCCCUACAGCAGUGUUUAAUUAGUUUGCUGGCAAACUGGAAAACAUCUGUCCAAAUGAGAUAAAGACUCAUUUGGCACAGAAAGACAGAAGUGUGGCAAUGUAUGUGUUAAAUGGCACUUGAGCACGUACAAAAUUAUAUGGCAUGCAGAAGGUUUUGUUUUUCCAGUACCUGCAAACAGAAGUUUCCACUAAAAUUCAGUCUCUGUACAGUACAGGGUACCCUCAGGUCUUUUCAGAAAGUACUCACUGACUGACAGGUUAGUCCUCAAAUGAGUUAAUGAUCCAGAGAUGAAUUUAAGCUGUGAUUAAGUUUUGAAAUAGUGUUUUUGAAAACUGUGGACAGCAGUGUGCUGGGAAAUUCACUGCUGAAGUUGGUUACACUUUACAGCACCAGUGCUGAGAACAACAAUCAACAUUUGCUUUAUUCUUGUAUCUGAAAACACCCCACCCUUGAAGUCACAACAGCUGUUCACUGGAUAGGAAUAGCUUAGUUCGCUACAGGAACUAAAGCCGAGAUAGCUGCUCUUCUAAUUUUGUGCUGAGAAUUCUUCCAAAAAAGGUACCUAACAGAAUUAGUUUACGAACGCCAACACCCGCAUCCCCAAUUUAUAAGUCCAGUGCUUAAUGCAAUGCUUUUCAUGUGGUGGAGACCUUAAGAAAGACAUGUAUGUGGUGGGAGUGUGCACGUUUGCAAGCACAAAUCAAUCAGUGGUUUAAGGGAUCUGUAUUGUAGAAAGCAGGGACAGGAUAGGUACUUGUUCCCAAAGUAGCACUUAAAAUGCAAACAGAAAAAAAAAAAAAGAACUGCUCAGUUUGUGAGGACUUCAGUUUUCUCUUAUAAGCCCUUCUGUAACAUUUCUUGAGCUGUCAUGUACCUCUGUGUAUGAACUGGGGCCGGCCAGUGGAAACCCCCCAGAGAGCAGCUGUGCACCUCACCCACCAGCUCUCUGCAAUGCAGUGGGGCUGCUCCUUAUGCACCUCAACACUCUGUUUGCCAUUUCCAUUGCAUACCACUGCUCUUGCAUGUCUCUGUAUUACAGACACUUUAGUGAAGUGUAUAAUGCUCCUGUGGGAUUGGAUACACCAUUGUAGAUACUUGGUAAUAUGAUCUGUUAUCAAGGUCCCCCCAGAAGUCACCCUAACUACUUCUGAUCUCAAGACAAAAACAUGCUGGAGAAUCUACCUUUUUAUCUAUCGUCAAUUUUUUUUAGUAGCACUCUUCUGUGAACAAAAUAUCCAGUCACUAGGAUUUUUAUUUCGCAGCACUCCUUUUCCAUGUGGAAACUAGAGCACUAGCAAGGCCAUCCCCGCAGUGCAGUGGGGAACUGGUCCCUGCAGCUUCAGGCAGCCCCUAUGGAAGGGACCACAAAUCUACUCAUGCCUUAUGCCUGUUUGGGAAAUACAGCAAUUCAAAAGCAAGGGCUGGUAAGUUAAACCCAUGGGGGUAGUCCCUGGGGGAGUAUCUUUUAAGUUCUCAGACAACCCAAUGUUGGUUGCAGAGUGAUGACUUUCCUGUAAGAACCAAUAAAUCAAGGUCUAGCUUCCACUCUUUGCAAGACCACCUAUGAUUUCAAGUUCCAAGUGGGUGGGCAUCACUCUUUCCAUAUAUUCUUUACAUAAUUAGGCUUAAACAGCCAAACUACUUCAAAUCAAUUUAAGAAUUAUGACUGCUGGUACAUUUUGUUUUGUCUCCUGUUUCUGCUGACAAACUCAAAUAGCCAGAGGAAGGUCCUUUAUAGUUUUCUCAGGAGAACAGCUCUACCAAAGAGAUUAUUGAGAAAUGUUCUCAGUCAAGCUUUGCCUGUAAAAAUAUAUUUUUUCAGGGAUUCUCUCUCACCCAUAGAGCCAACCAGAUGCCUUCACACACAAGCAACUGAACACUGUGGUUUAGGAUAAUGUUCCUUCACCCUCAAGUGUCUUGUCACACCCUAGGUAAAGCAAAAUGUUUGUUGUGGCCUAAUCUAAAUGACUGGUGCAAAUGACAUGUCACAUUGUGGGAAGGCUCAGUGGCUCCUCUCCUCCAUCUUCCUUCCAAUAUCCAAAGUCGCAGUAAAACUUUGCUUUCUCCAAGCCCUUGGCUUCUCUAAAGGUGCUCUCCUGCAUUUAUUAAUCUGCCACAAACACACAGACACAUUCCUAUUGCUUUCUGACAAAAACCCUAGAAAAUUCCAAUCCAAAGCCAACAGUCACCUUGGAAAGCAUGUCAGAUCGCAUUACAUGAAUGGGUUUGGAGGGUGAUCCCUAAAUUGCUGGGAUUUGGGUGAAGGGGGUGGGAAGUCUUACACUUUGGCUGCAUCUUCAAAACAGGUUUUUCUCCUCUUCAUUCUCCUUGAGAGAGAGGAGGAGAAAACUUCUGUCACUGCUGGGAAAACAUCUCCUUUAGCUGUCCAGAAGCUCUAGAGGACCUUUCUAACAUUUAGGAUCUAUAGGCUUCUUUUGAAAACCAAGAGCAAUAUUUUCAGUAGCUUUUAGGCAUUUAAAGAUGCCCAUAGUCAAUGGGUUUCACUGGGAAAUCCAUUUAAAUGGUUUCCUAGUGAGGUCUUCAAACUAGAGCUGUGCACCCAGGCAAUUCAGAAACAAACUGCAAGGCAGAAAAAACACACCUUCAACUUCUCCCAGUGCAUAAAUAACUUUUUAGAGAAGCUGAGUAGGAUGAAAGGCAAUGAGCAGAAACUGAAGGACUAUCCCCGGCAUCUCUCAUGCUUCUGAGCAGGCUUUCCCUGUAGUAAUGGUAUCUGAUAGCAAUAAUCUAGCAGCAGCACAUAUCUCUCAUCUCUCACAUAUCUACCACAUAUCUACCACAUCUCUCAUCAAGACCAAUUUUGUCUGAUCCCUCCUUCCUUUGGGAGCAGGGGGAGACAAGCUGGACAGACAGUACCAAACACAGGUUGUGUCUUCAGUAGCUGUAGCAGACUCCAAGCCCCAGACAGCUCAUGAGGCCACAGGGGAGGCUCUGACCUCCUCCCACAAGUAUGUCAGCCAAGUCCCAUCUAGCCCAAAGUUGUUCAGUAAAUAAACUCUCACCUUGCACCUCAGCUAGUCACACGCACCUGCCCCAGGCAAAAUCAAUAGAUGAGAAGCAAUCUGUCACUUCCAGGCCACACUGAUUGGGUUAUGGAUGAGUCAAAAAACACUACUGGAAACACAGAUGUGGUGAGAUCACCUCCUUCUCUGGAGCCUUCCUAUUUUCACAAGUCUUGUCUGAUCUCCCUCAAAAUUUCCAUGCGCAUACACAAAACAAUCUUGUGUACCUUGUGGUCAUGCCUGUUCCAGUGCAGGUGCAUUGCGUGAUGCUUGGCAGCCUGGCACGAGCAGCAGGAGGCUGAGUUCACCCUGAGCUGCAGGCAGGCUGGUGUCUCCCCGUAGGAAAGUUUUUUCAAUUAUUUCAAAUGCCUCCCACUUGCACACAAAGUCCAUGUUUUGUAAUAAAAACAAGGAGAAAAUCUCAUCCAAAGGAAUUUUACCUAUUUCCCCCUCUACUUAUUCCACUGAAGGUAUCUUUUUUUAAAAAAACAACCCCCCAAAACUGACUAUCAGAACAACAAAAUAGCCAAGAUGCUAAAUUAACACCCUCAUUCGUCAAAAUCCACCUUGCCCUUCAUACUAACAGUCCUAUAUCAUCCAGUAUCUUGUCAUUUUUUAAAAGGAUUCACUGAAUUUCUCCCUUCAUACAGAUAAUGUUUUUCCUUUGAGAGAGAGGCAGAGAAUAGUGCAAAUUUUCCAGUUACUGGGAUUUUCCCUGCAAACUAGGAUAGGCAUUACCCUAGUCAGCUGCAGAGAUGCAAAGGUGUUGCAAGUUACUCCUUCUGUACAGAAAGGAGCAGGAAGGCCAAGAAAGACAAGGGGGAUCUAUUCCUGCCUCCCCCAUUCUCCCCCAAAAAACCCCCAAAAGGUUGCUUAGGGUCCAUGUGUCCAGAUGAAGCUGCAGUGGGUUAGUUCAGUCACCCCAGCCAAGCCACAAUAACUGAUCAUGCACAGGCUGUCCUCCCACUCCAAAGCUCACCAUUUCCGCUUUAAGAAGAAACACCACAUUCAAAGGCCCUAAUCCUUUAGCUCACAGCAGCACAGCCAGCUGUGGGCUAAAAGCCACACUAAACUCACUGGAGGAGAAGCAUUUGCUGAAAUACUUUGCUGAACAAGGAUGAGCAACUGUGCUUGGGCUUUAGCUACACUUACAAACUCCUGUACAUCUUGGCUCUGGUUUUCUUUGCCACAUGGCAGUUGGUUACGUCCAAGAAUUCCUGGGAGGGAAAGUGACUGUAGAAACUCAGCUGUGCAACAUAUGCUCCAUCUAGUGUUUAUUCGUAGUAUUUCAUUUUCCUAAAAGGUUUGGUUUGCUGUUAACACAUAUUUCCAUCUUUUCUAUAGUUCAUGUGUCAGUAUAUGAUCAUUGUUGAAAAUAAUCUUCUGCUUGUUUCAACUACACCAUUUUGAUCUAGCCUCCACUUACACCUUCAGUAAUGAUUAUAUACCUAUUUCCAUUUAGAGAUUUAAUCUCAUAGAGCAAAAUGAAGGGAAAUAUUUUAAAAGAGCAGCAAGGGUUUCCCAGGUACUCUGCUAACACCAAGUGAAUGGAAAACGUCAAGCAGGAGUAAAACAUAAAACCUGGAGGACACACAGGGCAUAAAUGCCAUAAAUGUUUCUCCCCAUAAAUGAUACUUCCCAGACAUGAGGGCACAGUGCUGAGCCCCUUUGCCAUAGACUGAGGUACUUUUUUGUUCUCUAUGUUAAGCCAGGCUGCUGGGAAGGGGCAGGAAAAUAAGCAGGUGACAUAAAGUCCUUGCUGCCUCUUCAGGCUACCUUCAUCACACCAGAGCACAGCAGCUGCUGGGAGCAAGUCCUGACAAGCAGUUUGGCAAAGCUCUGGAGCACAAAUGACCUGGAAAUGCACACAGGUUGACUGCAAGGCAUCUUUGCAUGGUAGAAAAAAGGGACAGUGGCAACAGCCACCAGGCUUGGCAACUGCCAUGUGUAUUUGGAAAGAGCAGGACUUGCAUGCCAGAUUUGGUUGUGGGGCAAAAUACUCCAACACACAGUCUCUUCUUAUCACAUGCUGUCCCCUAAUUUGCAUUAUACUUGAGGGAGUUCCUGGUUCCUAAUUUGCUGUUCAGCUGAUUGUAAUGCCCUUAACUGCAAAAAGAAAAUCCAACAGCAGGUGGGACAAGAAGUCCCAAGCUAACAUUUUGAAAAAGAAGUAAAAGAAAGAAAGCCCAAACCCAUUCUGUUGUGUUAGCAGGACUGGUGAGGUGUUGGGAUGGGCUGCCUUGCAAUGGGCCAGGAUCUGCAUAGGGGAAGACCUUCAGAAAAAAGUUGAACAUUCCCAGAGGAAGGCUUGGGUUGGCUGAUUCCUACCUGGAGUGGUGGCAGCCUAAGCAGGCACACUUUUUCUGGGGGUUGGCCAAGAGGAUCUCAGCCCAGCUAAGAGGAGAGCUGGCAAGGAGCUGUGAUAGAAACAGACAGCCCUUGGACACUGCAGCCACAGGGUACAAUCCCAGGCACAGAUUUAAGCUUAGAAACAGAACUUUCAUUGCUGUGGAAAGUAGAAGGGGAACUGACAAUACAGCUUCCUUUGGCAGAAUGCAUUUAGGAGAUCCCCACAUCCCCUGCCUGCUCUUCCCAUGUGUCAGAGCUUGCGGCAGAGCUCCCCAAAGCUGUGCUGUGGCACCUGCACAGGUGAGAAGGCAGCAAACUGGGAGCAGGCCCCUGUGUGGAGUAACAACAGAGGGCUCCUGUGGGGUGGCAUAAAACUAAAUACAUAGAAGGGCAUUUGCUGUAAUAGCACUACUUGAGUAGACCCUCCAAUAAAUCAGAUACAGGCCUGCUGCAGGAUAUCUUCUAGGGCAGCACACAAACCAGGGCCACUUUGCAGAGAUUUAGAUCCAGUUUGCUGCAGAAAAUGAGAACAGCUUGCCCGAAUGAGGAAUGCACAACAUGAAAAAACAUCUUCCAACCGUGUGUUUUGUGGUGCUUUUCACAGGUGAUGGUCAUGCUGCUCUUCCCCAUGCAGCUGCUGGCAGUGGCUGUCACUGUUUACCUAGAGCUGGUGAGGUCUGCUCAAGGUGGUGCCUACUAUGGGCUCAAGCAGCUGCCACCUCAGGUGCCCCAGUACCAACCCCUCGGACAACAAGUACCUCACAUGCCGCUGGGCAAAGAAGGCAUCCCGAUGCAGCACCUGGGCAAGGAGGUGCCCCGCAUGCCCUACGGGAAGGAGUACCCCCAUCUGCCCCAGUACAGGAAGGAGGUCCCGCAGCUGCCCAUGCUCGGCAAGGAUAUGGCUCCCAAGAAAGAGAAAGAAAUUCCCAUGCGCAGUCUGAGGGGUGAGCAAGGUCCCCCGGGUGAGCCUGGACCAAGAGGGCCACCAGGGCCACCAGGAUUACCAGGUCAUGGUGUACCAGGAGCCAAAGGAAAACCAGGCCCUCAAGGAUACCCAGGAAUUGGAAAGCCGGGUUUGCCAGGGAUGCCAGGAAAACCAGGGGUCAUGGGGCCCCCAGGGCCAAGAGGGGAGAUGGGGCCGAAGGGGGAGAUUGGGCCCAUAGGGAUACCGGGACCACAAGGACCACCAGGGCCUCAUGGGCUUCCUGGGAUAGGGAAGGCAGGUGCUCCGGGACUGCAGGGGCAACCAGGGCCAAAGGGUGAGCCUGGGAUGAAGGGGCCACCAGGAAUCCCUGGGAUCCCAGGGCCAAAAGGGGAGAAGGGGAUCGGGAUCCCAGGUUUGCCAGGUCUGAAGGGUCCACCUGGGCUGCCUGGUCCCCCUGGUCCCGUGGGACUGCCAGGGGUUGGCAAACCCGGCAUGGUUGGCUUCCCUGGCCCACAGGGACCCCUGGGCAAACCCGGACCCCCAGGAGAGUUGGGUCUGCAGGGGCCUCCAGGGGCCCCUGGGAUCCAAGGCCCUCCUGGCCCACCUGGUAUUGGCAAACCAGGCCAGGACGGCAUGCCCGGCCAGCCUGGCUUCCCGGGUGGCAAAGGGGAGCAGGGAUUGCCAGGCCUGCCCGGCCCCCCUGGCCUCCCUGGGGUUGGGAAGCCGGGUUUCCCCGGGCCCAAAGGGGAGCGAGGUGUGGGUGGUCUGCCUGGGCCCCUGGGGCCGAAGGGGGAGAAGGGGCACGCGGGGCCACCUGGCAUGGGAGGGCCACCAGGGGAGCCCGGCCAGCCAGGACUGCCUGGCAUCAUGGGUCCCCCGGGGGCUGCCGGUUUCCCAGGACCUAAAGGGGAGGGGGGUGCCGUAGGGGCACCAGGACCAGUCGGCCCCAAAGGGGAACCCGGCCUGCAGGGUUUUCCAGGAAAGCCAGGCUUUCCUGGGGAAGUGGGUGGCCCUGGGCUGCGGGGGCUGCCGGGUCCCACAGGACCCAAGGGGGAAGCCGGACACAAGGGCUUGCCGGGGCUGCCGGGAGUCCCGGGUCUUGUGGGGCCAAAGGGUGAGCCCGGGCUCCCCGGUGCCCAGGGGCUUCAAGGCCCCUCGGGCAUCCCGGGCAUCGCGGGACCCAGUGGUCCCAUCGGCCCCCCCGGGCUGCCAGGGGCGAAGGGGGAGCCAGGCAUGCCCGGCCCCCCUGGCUUCCCUGGGGUAGGCAAACCUGGUGCUGCGGGGCUGCAGGGACCCCCGGGAAAGCCUGGGGCGCUCGGUCCUCCUGGCCAGCCUGGGCUCCAAGGGCCACCGGGCCCCCCCGGGCCACCAGGUCCCCCGGUCAUCAUCCCGCCCACGCCACCAGCCGUGGGACAGUACCUACCUGAGGCGGGGCCAGGAAUAGACGGCUUGAAGCCCCCCUACGGCUAUAAGAGCAAGAAAGGCAAGGCUGGCGGUAUUGUCUACGAGAUGCCCGCAUUCACGGCAGAGCUCCUCACGCCCUUCCCCCGCGUCGGGGUACCCGUGAAGUUCGACAAGCUCCUGUACAACGGCCGGCAGAACUACAACCCCCAGACGGGGAUCUUCACCUGCGAGAUCCCCGGCGUCUACUACUUCGCCUACCACCUCCACUGUAAAGGCGCCAACGUGUGGGUGGCGCUGUACAAGAACAACGAGCCGCUCAUGUACACCUACGACGAGUACAAGAAGGGCUUCCUGGACCAGGCUUCGGGUAGUGCCGUGGUGCAGCUGAUGCACGGAGACAAGGUUUACGUUCAGAUGCCAUCCGAGCAGGCGGCAGGACUCUAUGCCGGGCAGUACGUUCAUUCGUCAUUUUCAGGGUAUUUAUUGUAUCCCAUGUAAAACAAAACAGACACACAUACACACAACAGACACACAAAAUAAAAACCUUUCUCCUGUGCUUCUAACUUUUAUACAACAAAAGAUGCAUUUUAUGACCAUUUUGGACCAUCUUAUACAAAACCAAAAAUAAUAAAUACAAAGUUUAACAUUAUGCACAGCUAGUUAUAAAAAAAGGUGUGGUGAACAUACCUAAAGAUGUGUAUCAGGUUCAUAAACAGUUUUGCACCCAAGGGGGACAUAUUAGCUGUACACAUUAUAUAUUUCCGCAAUGCCAUGCUUACUUAAUUUCAUUCACAGCAAUUCAGUACUCAAAUUCAAAUCAGUGUAUGUCACUCACUCCUGUUGCAUUGAUCAUAGUUAUGAGAUGAAAAACAGUGACUUAAAGCAGAGUAGGUCAGUCUCUAAUUAUAUUUUUUAAAAAAUUGAGUGGCUUAUUUUCUUGGUGGGGGUUUUCUUGGAUUUUUUUAUAGCAGAUCUACCUGACAAGUAAAGGUUUCCUUAGCUGGAGACUUUUAUUUCCCUUCCCCUGUAAUAAAAUAAUCCUGCACGUGUCGGUUUUUUUCCUGAACAAUUUAUUUAUGAUGGAAGAGGAAUCCUGAUGGCAUGACCAUUCCCACCUGAGCCUUCUCCAGCAGGACCUAAAAUGUCACUAGUGACUCCAGCAGGCACUGGUUUCACCUCCAAAUGCCACAGCACUUAAAAAGUCUCCGUUCUCUUAUUCACACAGCUCAAGUAGAUGAGGUAAAUCUCCCCCAUUUACGCAUGCCAUGUCAUUGAGACAUUUUGGCCAACACGUGGUAAUACUUCAGGGUGGUAUAAAUUUGCUUGGAUUUCUGUGCUUGUACCAAGAACUCACUUGGCUUGUCAGAAGAGACACCUAUUCUGCCACUCAGCAAAAGCUGAAUCAGUUUGCUCUUCAAUGACUAGGCAAAGCAGAAGUAGCUCUGUUUGCUUAACUGAUUUGUUGCUUGAGAACAACCAAUAACUUUACCAGCAAUACUGAUCACGCAAAUUUAUCUGAGAACUUGGUUCUGUCUAAAAACUGAUUUCCAAUCCUUAUUUAUAUAUUACCAGUUGUCAAGGAGAACCUGCAGGCCGCAAUACUUUUCUGUACUUGAGGACAUCGACUUCUGUGCAUGAAGUCUCUGUCUGCUCAUCAGUGGUGCUAAUCUCACCUCAACAAGUGUUGUUUCCAAAGGGCAGUGGACCUUGCUCUGGUUCCCUGUACGGUGCUGCACAUCACACAUGGCUGCGCUAGUUCAAGUGGUUAAGUGCUCAUCACUUCCUCAGUGUCUUUAACUACCGCUACUGCUUUUGAUUAAAAAAUAAACUAGAUUUUUUCAUGCAGAACUAAAAUCAGAUUUAACUGGCAUUACCAUUAUUUAAAUGCAGAGUUUAAUGCAGUCUAACAUUGACUAAGGAUUCCAGUGAUAUAAUGUGGUGCUUUAUCUCAGAAAUUUUAUGGAACAGUGGCAGGAAUGGACAGACAGUUUACCAGACACUGGUGACUUCAGUAUGUUCCCAGAAUAUAUGAGAUAUGUCAAAAGCAAGUAAUUUUGUAUUUAAAAUUUUUGUACUGAUUUGAAAGAAAUAUCUUAUUAAAUAUCUUUAAAGAUAAGACCAAAAACCAAUUCUGUCUUCAUUCAGAACUAUCAGAAGGAACAUUCAUCCUGCUAAACUCAUUUAUCAGACCACAAGGGCUCUCUGAAACCACUGACAGCCUGAUAUAGAGGGGAAAAAUUAAGAGAUACACCCUUUUCUCUAGUUCCCAUCUCCUGGCAAAACAUGCUCUAAGAGAGGGAACACGCCCCAUUUGGUGGGAGGGCACAGCAGGGUCUGGGGGGUACACAAAGAGGGAGGGGCUCCCUCAGGCAGCCCCUGGGGACAGAUACUGCUCAGCAUGAGCCAACAUGAGAGUGCAGCUGAAGAAGGCAGAGGGGCAGCCAAGGAAUCAGCCACAGAGGUUGCUGCUAAGGGCUUGUGUUGCCUGAAAAGGCAGUACUGGCUGCCCAGGAUGAGAGGUGCUGGCUCUCCUGAUGUGGCUUCCCCACCUCACCUCAAGACAAGCAUUUUGUCCAAGCUGGUGAACUCGUGAACUGUCCUUACUGAAAGCAAUACACUGAAUACCUACUGUGCCAGAGAACUGUUAUCCAAAUCUCUCUUGGACUCCCUGAAGCCCUCAGCAUCUCAUUUUUACUGCACAAUGGAAAAACAACUAGCUAAGUACUGCACUCAGCAUCUCUUUCUCUCUAAAGCCAUUUUCACUUUCUGAAAUUUUUUAUUGCACACUAUCUUCUUUGUUCUGCAUCUCUUAUUUUAGCAUUCCUCCGUCAGCCCACAGUAAGACCAGCUUCAAAAUACAAUGAAAAAUUUGAAUCACAAGGAUGCUGCUCUUCAUCUUACCCACAAAAAACAUGUCUCAGCCAUGCCCGUACUCAGCCUGGAGUCAGAUCUCUAGCCACAGUGCAACUCUGCCCACCUAGGGUCAAAAACUUUCAGUUGUUUGCUCUACAAAGCACUAAAGUUUGUUCCAGCACUUGAAACCAUAUCUGACAACACCAUUUACUUGCACACUAAUAAUAACGGCCCUGAGCAUACCCACACAUCCACACUCGUAUGCAGAGCACCAGCCUUGCAAAAAUAAGUCUGAGGGCACUGUCUUUAACAGUUUAUUCAAAGGAAAAUAAUCUCCUUCCACAUGUAGCAUUCAAAAUUUCACUUGAAACAACUCUAAGAAUUCUUCAAAAUACAGGUGGCACUUUAAAGGCAUAUAAAACUUAAGACAAAUGGCAAAUAAGUAUUUCCCAAUACCAAAAACAUAUGCAGAGCUGUGUAUAUUCUUAAAAACCACAGUCCACUUAAAAGGGAAGGUAUUUAUACUCUCCCCCAGAGCAUUGCUAAAAAGGAAAGCACGGCAUUGGAAACAGAAAGUACCACAUGCUGAUUAAACACCGAAGUUGUGAUUCUGAAUUAUUAUCGCCAAUACAGUCCCUGAAAAUAUCUGGAAUAUGUUUAGGAACAUCUUUUAGGCACUCUCAGAUUCACAUUUAGUGCAGCAGUCUGUGACUUCCCUUAAUUAUUACAGCAGAGGAAAUAACAGUUUCCCAACAUCCCUUAAUUAUUACAGCAAAGGAAAUAACAGUUUCCCAACAAAGAAACCUCAUGAAAGUCUGAGCCAAAUGGAGCUUUCAACCAACAUGUGUCAUCCUGCCUGUUCUGUACAUAGUUUGGUAUUUCAGGGCUGUGUCUGUCUAACAGUGCAGCAUUUUGAGAGGGGUGGCAGAUAAAAUGCAGAAGCACCUUUGCUGUAAGGUGAUGCUGUCUAGAAAUUCAGGAAGCUGCCAGAGAACAUGAACAGAGUUAAUAAGGGAGGAGAACAUCUGACUUCAGAUACAAAAAUGAUAGGAGAAAUUGGGGACUUACACAGUUACACCAUUAUCAGACACAGAAAUAAAGCUGGCAGCACUCUGGGAUUCAAAACUGGCAGCUUCACUCCUGAUAUAAUAAAAAAAAAAACUGGAUAGCUCUUAAAGGGAAGUUUCAGUGCAGAUUUCAUUUUCAGAAAUGACAAAAAGGUAAAAUAGUCUUAAUAGCAGCUCAGGUUCAGAAACUAUCUAAAUAUUUGGUGUUAGCAUUAUUUUUUAUUCUGAAAGCCGUAAGUUAAGUCUUCAGUACUGGAAAACACCUGUGAAAAUGUGUGCCCAGACAGAAUAGACACUGAUCUGUAAGUACUGCUGAGAAACACACUACACAUGGGUGUUCCUGCCUGAAUGAAGUUCAAAGCAAGACAUGUCCUCGUGGCAGAGCAGCAGGAAUGAUGUGCAAGAAGCAGGUGCUGGAACAGUACACAGGAUCUUGUGGGGAAAAAAAUUCAUUACUUGGCUCACUCCUUAUUAUAGAGGAGAAAAGCUACGGGCCUGCAAGCUGGGAUUUCAAAAAAACUCAAACCAAACCAAAAAACCCAAACAAACAAAAAACAAACAACCCCCCCCCCCCCCAAAAAAAAA